GAAAAAAAAAAGGGGAAACUAAAGUACAGGGUGUAAUAACAGAGGAGUCAUCAAUUGAAUAAGAGUCCAUUUCACUAUCCCAGAGGUCAAAGUUGAAACACACCAUUAAUACUCCCUCAGUCCACUCAGUAAUGGCGAGUAGCAACAGGGACAACGAUUUCAUAAACCCUAACACUUCUUCCCCAAUAACCGUCUCCGAUGCGGACAGCUUCCUUCUAGAUUCUUCUCAGAUCGGUAGCGCUUCUGGAAGUUUCCAGAACGAGGGUUUUCUCUCCGGCCUCGACGCCGCCGCCGGCACUUCCGAUGCCGAGUUCGGUUUUUCCCGUCCUGAUUUUCGCCAGACUCCACUCGUUGGUACUGUCGACUUCUAUGACCGCCACGUCUUCCUUUGCUACAAGAAUCCUCAAGUUUGGCCUCCGCGUAUUCAGGCCACUGAGUUUGAUCGCUUGCCUAGGCUUCUUGCUGCUGCUCUUUCUGCUCGCAAGAAUGAUAUCAACAAACAGACUCGGUUAACAAUAUGUGAAGGGCAUGAUGGAACCGAGACAUCAAAUGGGGAUGUGUUGAUCUUUCCGGACAUGAUCAGAUACAGGAGAUUGACUCAUUUUGAUGUUGACACAUUUGUUGAGGAGGUGCUAGUGAAGGAUGGUGAGUGGUUACCUGGAAAUCCUGAAGCUCUGACUGGAUGGUACAUAUUUGUGUGCUGUCAUGGUUCAAGAGAUCGUCGAUGUGGUGUUUGUGGACCAGCUAUAGUAAGUAGACUUAGGGAGGAGAUAGAGAAGCAUGAUCUUCAAGGAAAAAUAUCUGUUAGUCCAUGCUCACACAUCGGGGGACACAAGUUUGCUGGAAAUGUGAUCAUAUUCGGACCAAACACUAACAAGGAAGUCUCCGGACACUGGUAUGGCUAUGUUACACCUGAUGAUGUAUCUCAGUUGCUUGAACAGCAUGUUGCUAAAGGAGAAAUUGUUGAUUGGUUGUGGAGGGGCCAGAUGGGACUGUCUGAAGACGAACAGAAAGCAUCCCAAGAAUAUAGGCUCAGUGUUAAUGGUGGAACAUAUAUGGAAAGAGGCACCAAAAACUCAGAUGACGUUGGUACUAGCACAUGUGGCUCCCACUUAGAGGGUAUUGACUGUUGCAGGGCAAAUGGGAAUAUCUCUUGUUGUCAGAACACUCAAUUACCAGUCGAUGCUGAAAAUUUCGAUCUCCACCAAGAAAACACUGACUUUACAUCUGAAAAGAAAAAGAGCUUCAGGCGACAAAUUUCUCAAAGUAAUAGUGGAAAAGGGGCUCGCUCUCGCAAGGUGUGCUCAAUGCCUACAUGGUACGAGAGCUGGGAGCGGGAAGAUACAUAUGCAGUCCUUGCUGUUAUUGGUGCUGUCGUAUCAGUUGCCUACGCCUUCAAUUGCUACAGGCAGCUGAACUAAUAUUCGUAAAGAAACUCACGUUUGUCGUGCAAAUUCCAUUGUUGGGUAAAAAACAUCUUUCUGCUUCCCUGAUGUAAAUUGAGGUUAUUGCAUGUGUAAGUCACUGAAAGUCUAAUUUGAUUUACUUGGGAUGCGACUUAUGCCAGAACAGAGUAAUGAAAGACAAUUGGUGUUGUAAAUUUAGGCAUGUA